AUGAGCACGGCCGCCAGCCCGGAGCCCCUGCCCUCGCCCCCCGUCCCCGGGCCUCGUUACUCGGAGCGCUCGGCUGAGGAUGACCCCGAGUACCUGCGGGCGCGGAACAUGGCAGCCGACCUGCGGCAGGACUUCAACAUGAUGGAGCAGAAGAAGCGGGUCACCAUGAUCCUCCAGAGCCCGUCUUUCAGGGAGGAGCUGGAGAGCCUCAUCCAGGAGCAGAUGAAGAAGGGGAACAACUCGUCCCACAUCUGGGCCCUGCGGCAGAUCGCCGACUUCAUGGCUACCACGUCCCCCGCCGCCCUCCCCACCUCCCCCAUGGGUACGGUGUCGGCCAUGCGCUGCGGCGUGCUGCCCAUCUCCCGCGCCGCCCUGCUGCUGGGCGACGUCGCCUACUUCGACUUCCACGGGGAGGUGGAGGAUGAAGCCGAUCGAGUCGAGCUCCAAAAAUCCCUCGGCCCCACCUGCAAGAUCCUGGUGCUGCGCAACCACGGGGUGCUGGCGCUGGGCGACACCGCCGAGGAGGCUUUCUACAGCAUCUUCCACCUGCAGGCAGCCUGCGAGAUCCAGGUGUCGGCGCUGGCGAGCGCGGGCGGCGUGGAGAACCUGAUCGUGCUGGAGCGCGCCAAGCACCGGCCGCACGAGGUGGGCUCCGUGCGCUGGGCCGGCAGCACCUUCGGGCCCAUGCAGAAGAGCCGCCUGGGCGAGCACGAAUUCGAAGCCCUGAUGAGGAUGCUGGACAACCUGGGUUACCGCACAGGCUACACCUACCGCUACCCCUUCGUGCAGGAGAAGAGCAAGCCCAAAAGCGACGUGCUGAUCCCUGCCACGGUGACGGCCUUCGUCUUCGAGGAGGAGGCCGCCCCCGUCCCCGCGCUGCGGCAGCACGCCCAGAAGCAACAGAAGGAGAAGACGCGGUGGCUCAACACCCCCAACACCUACAUGAGGGUCAACGUGGCCGAGGAGCAGCAGGGCAGCGCCGGCAGCCAGAAGACGAAGACGACGUGGCUGAAAGCGGACGAGGUGGAAAAAGGCAGCAGCGGGACCCCCAUCCGAAUCGAGAACCCCAACCAGUUCGUGCCCCUCUACACGGACCCGCAGGAGGUGCUGGAGAUGAGGAACAAGAUCCGGGAGCAAAACCGCCAGGACGUGAAGUCGGCCGGGCCCCAGUCGCAGCUGCUGGCCAGCGUGAUCGCCGAGACCAGCCGCAGCCCCUCCACAGAGAGCCGUUUGGGGGACGCGGAGGCCAAAGAGGCGUCCCGGGAGGAGGCACCCCCCGAGCCGGAGCCCCCGAACCCCUUCAGCCAGCUCACCGACCAGGAGCUGGAGGAGUACAAGCAGGAGGUGGAGAGGAAAAAGCUGGGCCUGCAGGGCGAGAAGGAUGCCGCGGCAGAGGAGAGCCAGGCUCCCCCCGCCAAAUCACCCCCCACCUCCCCGCCGCAGAGCCCAGCCACGGCGCCGGCAGAGAGCCCGGCCCCGACGCCUGCGGAGCCCUCGGAGGGUGACAAGAAGGCGGACGGCGGCCAAGCGCCGGCCGAUUCCACUGCCGAGAAGGAGCCACCGGCGGUGGUGAACGGGAAGGACGAGGAGCAAAGCACCGAGGAAAGCCUGGGCAAAGGGGGGAGCCAGACGACCUCCCCUGCCAACGCUGACCCGGACGCCCCCAAGGAGAAGGAGACGGUGACCAGCAGCCCCGUCUCCCCCGAAGGUUCACCCUCCAAAUCACCCUCUAAGAAGAAGAAGAAAUUCCGGACCCCAUCUUUCCUGAAAAAAGGCAAAAAGAAGGAAAAGAUAGAAUCUUGA